AUGAUUGUCAUAAAGAUAUAUCGAGACAUUGAGAACUACUUGGCGAAAAUGCGAUUCUCCGCGGUGACAGCCAGGAAGAUACAGGAUGUUUUCAUUUCGGAAAUGAACAAAGGAAUUCACCAGCAACCGUCCUCGUUGCAGAUGGAGAACACUUAUAUACCGGAACUACUCGAUAAAACAGAAGAAGGUCUUUACUUGGCACUCGAUCUUGGUGGGACUAACUUUCGCGUAGUUCUGUUGGAAUUGGCCCACGGUGCUCCCGUACGACAAGAAGUGAAGCGAUAUUAUAUCGGAUCUGAAUUAAGGGUCGGCUCGGCAAUCCCCCUGUUUGACUAUUUAGCUGAGUGUGUCAGCGAUUUCGUCAUUUCUCAGGGUCUUCAGGAUGUGGAGCUUUCCCUUGGUUUUACCUUCUCGUUUCCGAUGAUUCAACAUUCGUUGGACGUCGGUAUUCUGGUGACUUGGACCAAGACUUUUAAUUGCCCAGACGCUGUAAAUAAAGACGUCAUAAGACUCCUGCGAGAGGCUUUAGAUCGGCGGGGCGACACAAAGGUGACGGUUGUAGCAAUUUUAAAUGAUACCACGGGUACCUUGGUACAGGCAUCGACUUUGGAUCCUAAUGUAGCAAUCGCACUUAUUUUGGGUACUGGCAGCAACGCCUGUUAUCUGGAACGCGCGGAUCGGGUCGAGCAUUGGGAAACAGAAAGACAUGGCGAGAGAGAAGUUAUCAUUGAUAUCGAGUGGGGGGCCUUCGGCGAUAACGGAGUUUUGGACUUCAUCAAAACGGAUUUCGAUCGAGAGAACGACGCAAAUUCCCUUAUCGUGAAUUCAUUUACAUUUGAAAAAUAUAUUGCUGGCAAAUAUCUCGGUGAAGUGGUGCGCGUGAUACUUGCAAAGUUGAACAAAGAGAGGCUUUUGUUUGUAGGAGAAUCUAUAUCAGACAGUCUCCUAACACCCGGUAAUCUUACCACUGAUCUGGUGUCGCACAUCGAACAGGAUUCGGUGGACGGCGGUGACAGCAAUACGAAGGAGAUCCUUGGGAAAUUCGGCAUUAUUCCAGACGAAGAUGACAUCAGAAUUGUUCAAUAUGUGUGCGAAGUCGCAUCUAAUCGCGCAGCUCUUUUAGUGUCGAUAUGUCUUGCGAGUUUGCUGGAUCGUAUUGAUAAGGAACAAGUAACAAUUGCCGUAGACGGAUCUCUCUACAAGCAUCAUCCUCGAUUAGAAGGUUGGAUGAAACAAUAUAUCUCGCUUCUCUCACCUGGUCGAAAGUUUAAAUUAAUCCACGCGGAAGAUGGAAGCGGCAAAGGCGCCGCGCUCGUCGCGGCUAUCGCGCAAAGACUCAAAAGGCGGUUACAAUAA